UCCAUCCCACGGUAUAUUACCCACUCCCGUAAUUGAGUUGCUCAGUCUAGUCCCACCCAAGUCACACCCCUGUUCCUGCGACUACAACCAUUGCCCCCCCAAAAAAAUUAAUAAAUAAAUAAAAUAGUAAAUAAAAUUUUCUCCUUGUAUUCUUUGGUGAGGACACCAUCAACAAACAUCAACUUCUAUUCAAAUCUGGCUUGCCCUUUAUAAAUGAGCUUAUCUACUCCCCCACUUUGCUUGCACUAUCUCCUUGCCCAUUAAAGUUAUUCUUACUUGAUAAAGACUAUAAUAUCUUCACCUCACUUAGCUUCAAACAAUUCAUUUCCCAAUCAAUUUUUAGUCUCAACACUAAUGAACACCUUCACUACUCUUUACCUCACCACUGUCCUCCAUCUCCUCCUCCUCCCCACCAGCCCGGCCGUCAACACACCACCAUACACUCCAACCUAUUAUGUCCUCCUCGACUGCGGCUCAUCCUCCAACACCACCUCCAUCGACGGACGAAACUGGGACGGCGAUGCUAACUCCAAAUUCUCACUCUCCAACACCACACUCAACUCUUCAUCACCCUCCAACGCCUCCAACAUUGACCCCUCCGUCCCCACGGUCCCCUUUUUGACCGCCCGUAUCUUCCACUCCUCAUUCACCUACACAUUCCCCGUCACCGCAGGGCCCAAAUUCAUCCGUCUCUACUUCUACCCUUGUACCUACUCUGGUCUCGACCCAUCCCAAUCAUUCUUCUCCGUCACUUCCAAUCACUACACUCUCUUAAGCAACUUCAGUGCCUUUUUAACAGUUACUUCAGCCCAACAGUCCUAUCAAAUGUUCACUGGAACAGUACCACCACUUCCAACAGCCAAGAAAGAAUUCAUCAUAAACUUAAAAGAUAACCAAACACUUCUUAACAUAACCUUCUCACCAUCUCCAAACUCAUACGCCUUUAUCAACGGUAUCGAACUCGUUUCAAUGCCCGAAAAUCUCUACCACCAUGGCAAUGAUGCACACAUCCCACUAGUGGGCGAGGAUUAUUUAUAUUAUUUUGAUAACAACACUGUUCUUGAAACCCUUUACCGGUUAAACGUUGGUGGUGAUACUGUCGACGAAGAUGAAGACACCGGCAUGUUUCGGACGUGGGAUCAAGAUAAAAAUUAUAUGUUUAGUGCUGCUCAAGGGUUAGAACUUCAGACGGAUGUUUCGAUCCAUUACACUUCGGCAACACCGGCUUACACUGCACCUGAGAUUGUUUAUAAUUCGGCAAGGAUGAUGGGCAACUUUAGUUUAAUGUAUAAUUUGACAUGGUUUUUUGGUGUUGAUUCAGGAUUUUUUUAUCUCGUGAGACUUCAUUUCUGCGAGUUUCAGAUGGAGCUGACUAAAGUGAAUAUGAGGGUGUUCAAUAUAUAUCUUAACAAUCAGACGGCUAUGGAAGCAGCUGAUGUGAUUGCCUGGAGUGGUGGAAAUGGAAUUCCGGUUUACGGAGACUUUGUUGUGUGGGUGCCGGAUGUUGACGGUCGCCGGAGCAAACAGGACUUGUGGCUCGUGUUGUACCCUAACCUUGAUGCCCAUCCUCUCUUCUAUGAUGUGAUUUUGAAUGGCUUGGAAUUGUUCAAAUUGAACCAAUCGGAUGGUAGUCUUGCUGGGACUAAUCCUAAUAUCUUGGAUUCUGAAACACCCAAACCGAACCCGAAGUUACGAUCUACUGGAUCAACUAGAAGAUGGCUGAAGAUUGUAGUAGACACCUCAGCGGGGGUGGCUGGACUUCUAUUACUCGCUGUUUUGGUUACAUGCUACAUUAAAAGAAAAUACUUAUGGAGGAGGAAAACAAUGAAUGAUCAAAAUGUGGAGGCAUUUUUUAGGAAUUAUGGAUCCCAUGUACCAAAGCGGUAUUAUUAUUCCGAUAUAAAAAGAAUGACCAACUCAUUCAGAGACAAAUUAGGUCAAGGAGGAUACGGUACCGUGUAUAAAGGGAAGCUGUUAGAUGGCAAGCAAGUGGCCGUGAAGGUCUUGAGUGAGACCAAGGGCAACGGAGAAGAAUUUAUCAACGAAGUUGCUACCAUUAGUAGAACUUCCCAUGUCAAUGUAGUCACUUUUUUAGGUUUCUGUUAUGAGAAGAACAAAAAAGCUCUAGUUUAUGAAUUUAUGAGUAAUGGAUCAUUGGACAAGUUCAUCAAUAACAAUGGAUCUCCAAAUUCAAAAUGUAAUCUAGAUUGCAAAACACUCUACCAAAUUGCAGUUGGGGUUGCUCGGGGACUAGAGUAUCUACACCGAGGUUGCAGCACAAGGAUUGUUCAUUUCGACAUAAAGCCUCAAAACAUUCUUUUAGAUGAUGACUUCUGCCCAAAAAUCGCUGAUUUCGGCCUUGCUAAAUUGGGCCAAAGGAAAAAGAGUAUUAUGUCGAUGGUGGGUGCAAGAGGAACUGUUGGAUACAUUGCUCCAGAAGUAUUUUCUAGGAAUUUUGGAAGGGUCUCUUAUAAAUCCGAUGUCUACAGCUAUGGAAUGAUGGUCCUUGAAAUUAUUGGUGGAAAAAAGGAGAUUGUAGCUGGAACAAUCCAUUCAAGCCAAGAAUCUUUUUCGGACUGCAUUUACAAGUGGUUGGAACAAAAUGAGGAUCUUAAUGGUACUGUUACAACUGAAGAGGAAAAAGAAACCAGAAGAAAAAUGACUAUAGUGAGUUUGUGGUGCAUUCAGACAAAUCCAGCAAAUCGCCCAUCAAUGACUAGCGUGGUAGAAAUGCUGGAAGGAAGCCUUCAAUCCUUACAAAUUCCACCUAAACCCAUCUUAUCUUCUCCUCCUGUGUUCAAACAAAAUUCUACUGAAAUAGUACCACAAAGUUCUAGUACUGACUAAAAAAAUGGUUUUGAAUUGAAUGAGAGAAUAAUAUAAAUGCGCUCUAUGGUUAUCCUUUUCCCUGUCAGUCUACUUUUUGCUUGAUGCUGAUACUCAUGUUUGUGUUUUUUCCUCUUAUGUUAUCUUGAACUCAAGUAAAUUGUAGCAGGGAUUAAGGGAGAAGCAAAGUAUCAUAAGUGAAAGUCUAGUAUGGGACUACAAGCCCUAAGGUGCUUGGAUGUUAAGAAAAUUUAGUUAAACCACAAUGGUUUUGUUCCC